AUGCAGCCGACCUCCACCAUGACCCGACCACCGAAGAAGAAGGGCCUCGAUGACUCUAUCUGGGCAUCCAGAGGCAAACCCUCCAACUUCACCACAUCCUCCUCCUCCUCCUCGUCCACAUACGCAAGAACUCGCCAGGGCCCGCCGCCAACCUCCACAAUCAUCCCCGCCGUCCCGCAACCCCCGUCCCCGACCAAGAACGGCCACGCCUACGCCUACAACUCCCCAGCGAACAGCGGCAGCAGCAGGACCGCAUCGACGGUCGCCACGCCCGCCGCAUCGACACCCACACCCACACCCGCCACGACAUCGACGACGCUCAAACCCGCCGCCCCGUCCUCCUCCGCCGCGCAGCGCGAGUUCAAGAGAUACAUCCAGAUCGUGCGCCGGCUGAAGUGGAAACUGCCCUACCUCUCGCACGGCUACCACCACGCGAUCGCGCGGCCCGGGGACGCGCUGUACGCGGGGGAGACGAACGCCGCCGAGGCGGAGCUCAUGUUCAAGCUCGACUUUUACGAGUACUACAUGCUCCUCGAGCGCGCGCUGAUUCACCUCCUGGGGGUGUUCGGGAUCACCGUCUCGCGGGACGCGCGGGUGGGCAACGGGACGCAGCAGCAUACGUAUCACCAGAACGUGCUGGCCGCGUUGGAACGGCCGGGGAAUCCGCUGCAUGCGGCGCUCGGGGAGGGGGAUGUGUUGUUUCAGCUCACGCGCGCCAAGGAGUUGAGGAAUCGGUGGAAGUACGCGGAGGAGGUGGCCAAGACGGGGACGGGGACGACGAGGAGUGUGGUCAAGGCCGGGUCGAGGGACGGGACGGCGCCGUUGGAGAGUUAUGACCUGGACCGGAUGUUUGAGCAUGUUUUCAGGGGGUUCGACGCGGGGUAUGCGGUUGCGGAGAGGAGGGUCGCGGAGGAGACGGGGGCUGGGGGACGGUUGAGUUGGGCGGAUGAGGUGGAGGGGAUGGAGGUGGAGGAGGCGAUGGAGGAGGAUGUGGAUGAGGACGAGUUCGGGUUCAUGGUUGAGGCUAUGGAUUGGGAGGCUGUUUAG